AUGGGCAGCUCGACAGCAACCCCCGGCCAGGGGUAUGAGCAGACUCAAACUCCUCCUCUCUCACCGAGCUUAAGCUUGGCCCUGGACUCCCCAUCGACACCUCGAGCAACCUCGAGCUCUCGUGCCAAUUCUCGCCUCGUCGACCGAAGAGACUCCCUGUUCAAUGUGGGACCUGCCUCUCCUCCGAAACAACAUUCUCCUCUCCGUCAAUCUACCAGCAUCUCCUAUCAAGACUGCGCUGGACGUCCAGACUUGUCGCAAUUUGUGAAGCCGAGGCAUAACUCCAAGCUUCAGAGAGGCCAUUCGAGGUCGAGAUCAGAAUUUUCCACAACCACCACCAGUAGCAACAUUCCUUUACCAGUAGGGCAAGCCCCUGGAGCGCAACUAGCAGCAUCACUCUCGACAGACUCUUCGCAAUCCGAGGAUCCGAGUCCGAUUUUUGCGACGCGUCGCACCUCUUUUGGAGAAGUCGGUCAAGACAGACGCGUGACAAAUCCAAGCGAUUGCAACAGGUCCAAUACCGCUCCUUCUUCGUCUCCUCGCAACUCCGCGCUCUCCUUCAUCGCCUCCAAGAUGCCGGCCAUCAAAGCUCUCGCCCCUGCGCCCGUCGUGGUGCCGCAAAAUGACGAGCUCAUCGGUCUCAACAUCGAAACGUCGCUCUUUCCCAAGGGUAACCCUCCGGACGGGCAAACUUUUUCACCCGCAGCUUUUAUGAAUUUGCAGCAGACGGCGACCGGCCUGCUCAAGAAGUACCAAACCGCCUACAAGCGCCAGGCCACCACGAUCCAGGAAAUGCUGGCUGAAAAGGAGGCUACAGAUGACGAAAAGGCGGAGGCCGACACCAGGACGCGACAUCUCAAGAUGCAGCUGGAGGGCAUGGCUCAGAAGCUAGCGGAGACCGAGAGCGAGAUGCAGACGCUAAUGGAAGAACUGAACAAGGAGAAGAGGUUGAGGAUGGAAGAGCGAGCAGCCGCUAGAGAUAAAUUUUUGACGCCAUCUGAAGGAUCAAUUUCGGAAGACCUCUGCGUCGAGGAAGACCAACAACGCAGACGCGGAUGGAGGCGAAGCGGUGAGACCUCCAAGACUGAUUUCAGUUUCGAGACGGACGAAGAUAGCGUCGAAGCCGCCAGCAUCUUCUCUCGUCCUCGCAGCCCUACCAACACGGCGCUAAGCAUCAUCUCGGACGUAGAGGGUCCCGCUCCGUCCGGACCUCCAUCACGGACCUCGACGUUUGGACCCAACCGACCAGUCCGCAACUCCCAACCGCCACAGCUGACCACUUUCCAGAAGCUGUUCAAGAUAGAUCCCGACAGGGACAUCAAGGGGUGCCGAAACUGCCAGGGCCAGGACGCCAGCAUCGCCUGGGACACCGUGGGUCUCCUGAAAGCCGAGAACAAGACCCUCAAGGAGAGAGUCAGCGAGCUGGAGGAGGCUGUCGAAGAGGUGCUCGACGUUGUCAACGGCGUUGGGCAAUAG